UAUGAAAUUGGGAUGGGGAACCAGUGGCCUAGAGCUGAUGCUGAUGCCACCCCAAAUUUACACAAACCCAACUCUGUUUAUCAUCUUCUUCCUCUUCUUCAUCUUUUCAUGAACUCUCCUCUCUCAUGGGUGUCGGUUUCAGGCUCAAUUUGAAAUGGGGUCUCUCAGUUCAACCUCGUCUCUCUUCCACUUCCUCAUCUCUGCCCUCAUCCACACACGCUUCCUUUAAAAGCAAGGUUGUGAAUUAUGAUAUGGCAAGGGUGUCUCUCCCUGUGGAAGGAGACUCUUCUUACAAUGAUCAUGUUAGCGGAAAUGCAUGUUCCUCGUCAACUUCCCGGAUAUUGGAUACUGAUUACAUGGAAACCAACAGUUUUAAGUUAAAACAAAUAGCAGUGCCUGCCUCGCGCAUUUUAAAAACCAAGAGGAGCGUCCGCAGUUUGUUACAAGACGAUAAAUUAACAUUCCUUACAAGCUUACAAGCAAAAAAGAUAUCACAAUAUAGGUUACUCUUGGAAAAUCUUGUUGUGUUGGAGGAUACAUUUGCUGAUUCAGAUGUGGUAACAUUAGAACAAGACAUACUGGUUCAAUUAGAAAAGAUUGGAGCUUCGAAGUUUCUACGUACGUCAUUUUCUGAAAUCCCUAAAUACCCAUUAGCAAAUAACCCUGUAAAUGAAGAAACCAUCAAGCCUAUUGUGCCUUCUACAAGAAAGGUGGAAAGAAAGUCAAAAAGAGAACGUACAUUAAAGAAGGUCAAUGAAGUUUGUACAGUGGAAUUUCACUCACAAGCAGUCAACCAUAAGAACUCUAGACGAGUCAACGUUUCUUCAAGAAGACUGUCAAAUUCGAAAAGUGGAAGAAUCAAAAUCACUAGGAAUGAGGCCGAGCUAUCACGAGGGGUUAAGAUGGUUGCUAAUUUGGAGAGGAUUAGGAUGAUGUUAGAAGAAGAAACGGGCCCCAUGGUUAGUUUUAACAGUUGGGCUGCAGCUGCUGGAGUAGACAAGAAAGAGUUGCUUGAAAACUUGCAAUUUGGGUGGCGUUGCAGGGAUGAGCUUUUGAGAAGUACGCGUUCGUUGGUUAUUUACCUUGCAAAGAACUACAAUGGUCAAGGAAUAGCCUUCAAAGACUUAAUCCAGGCAGGAAAUGUUGGUGUUCUUCAAGGUGCAGAAAGGUUUGACCGCAGUAGAGGAUACAAAUUUUCAACUUAUGUACAGUAUUGGAUCAAGAAAUCAUUGUUAAUGUUGUUGUCUCGGCAUUCUAGAGAGAUACGAAUCCCUUUUACGUUGAGCAAGGCUAUAAGUAAGAUACAGAAAGCCCGAAAAGCACUAGAUAAAGGUGAUGGAAGAUGCCCGGAUGAUUGUGAGAUUGCCAAAUUCAGUGGUCUUUCAUUGGCUAAAAUUGAAUCAGCUACCAAAUGCCUUAGAGUUGUCGGUUCCAUCAAUCAAACAAAUGCGAAGUUUUGGGAAGGUACACCUGAUCCAACAAUGAUGACUCCUGAAGAAGCUCUUAUGAAGGAACAUAUGAUCAACGAAAUGUACAGCCGAAUGGAAGAUUUGGAUGCGCGGGAGAGGAAGGUGUUGACUUUAAGAUUCGGGCUCAAAGGGUAUCAAAGGAAGACACUAGAGGAAAUCGGGGGGUUUUAUGGUGUAAGCAAAGAAUGGAUUCGUCGAAUAGAAAGGCGAGCGUUAACAAAACUAAAACUGGAUGAUGAAGAAACCUUGCAAAGUUUUAGACAAUAUUUGUACAUAUAACCAUAUUAAGGAUAAUGGGGCUUUUGAACGUUAUUUUUGUAUAAAUUGUAAUACUUGAUGUAAUAACAUUCUUUGUUUAUAUUGUCAUACAAGAUUAAAAGGACGA